AUGCCAGACAAAGUCACUCCGAAUGAUGAUUCCUUCCAUUUGGAAGUCCUGUGGCAGGUUGGUACAUCCCGUUUUGUACAGCAUUAUCAGGGCUUCCACUUGUUGACACAUGGUACUACCAGCUUCUCCUACACCUACGGGAAACCAGUGCAGGGCGUUAUGAAAAUCGCAUUAUAUCCUGUGGAUAUUCCAUGGUGGAUGGUAUAUUAUGAUAGGGUUGACCCAGAAAUGACUGAGGAGCUUGGGACCGCACAGGGAGUCCAUGUUUUGAACUUAAAAAAGGAUCCCAUGCGGAAUGAAAAGGUCUACCUCGUGGUGAAUGUGGAUGAAGUGGACACCAACAUAACGCUGGUGACAGAUGAGAAUGGAAUGGCACGAUUUAGUCUCGACACUUCUGAUUGGAACGAUAUGGUGUCACUGACGGGGAGAAUUUCAUUUGAAGAAGGAGCAGGUUAUUUCAGGGCGUUACAGUGGCUCUUCCCAUUCUACUCUGAGAGUAACAGCUUUCUGAAAGUACAAACUGUUGCAGAAGAUUUGCUAUGUUCCACCAAGCAGUCGGUGUCAGUCGAGUACACGAUUGAUAAAAACGAACUGGACCCUGAAUCAGAUCACCUCUCUUUCUUCUACAUUGUAAGUCUGUGCUCUCUCCCACUUGCCUUCUGA